GUAGUUGGGUGACAUAAGGAAGGGUCAUUAAUGCACAAUUUAUUUGUGACCUUUAGGAUUCUUAUCAACUGGUACCGUCAUAGCUACCGGUAGUAGCUGUAGCUAGCUAGCUUGGUGGCUAUCGUAUCUCACCAGGAGUCACCGAAAGGCCAAGAGCUACUAGAGGUCAAGACUUGAGAGUCUGAGACCUACGAUGCCAAGCGGUAUUUGAUCAGCUAGACUAGACUAUUCAUGUAGCCAAUACACUCCACUCCUCUUCCUCAGAAUUCUUAUCCUGUGCUUUGUUCUUGUCUCCCUUCUAGCCUUCGCUGAACUUGUUAGCUACUUACUUCGUUGCUGCAUACACACAUCCAUAACGCAAUUGCUUGCUUGGACUGUUUGACUUUUUGCUAGCUAGACUAGACUAGACUAGUAGCUGCUGUGUUGGAAUUAAAUCGAAUCUCGCUUGCGAAGGUUUCCUCCGGACAUCCUUACAUCACCGAGACCAGAAGCUACGAAGAGGAGAUCUGGAAAAGCGAAGCUCCUGUCAUAAAAAAUCGAAAAGAAGCCAACCACUACUACCACCACCACCCACUACUACUUUCAUCCAGUAUCUAUCUAUCUAUUCUGCCAUCAACAUGAGUUCUUGCGCCAAGACUGUCGAAUCCGUGUUGAAACUGAACACCAAGGGAACCAAGCUGUUGCAAUCCAAGAAAUACUCCAAGGCCAUCACUGCCUUUUCGUCCUGCCUGACCAAGGUCAAGGACCUGCUCGCCACUCACGACCAUGAUGAUGAUGAUGACCUAGAAGAUGAAUUCGACGACCUCUUCUCUACCACUUCCUCCCCCGCGGAAGAACUCUCUCGCUACUCCUUUGCCUUUCGUUUUCUUCCAAACACACCGGACAGCAACCACAUGUCCUCCUCGUCCUUUACGGAUGACGACACGGUCGCCACCACGGAACCACAAGAACAAGAAGAACAAGAAGAAGCCACUACCCCUAGCAAUGACCACAGCUUUCAAAGUCCCAUUCUGAUUGUCUUGGACGAUGUCCGCGGCAGUCGACGACGCUCUCGUUCUAGCAGUUCCAGCUCUUCGUCAUUUGACCAAAAACCCAUGGUCAAGCUCUCCUUUGCCAUUCUCUACAACUUGGCCAUUUCCUUUCAUCUCUCGGCACUUGCUGCACAACACACCAAGAAGAACGACGACCGACAACACCGUCGUCUCCAAAAGGCAUUGACACUGUACCAGACCGCUUACAAUCUCAUUCAUCAAGAACACAAAAAACAAGAAUGCAUGGUGGUCGGAGUCAUGGAGUCCAUGGCACUGCUCAACAACUUGGGACAUGUCCAUUGGUUGCUCGACCAAAGACAAGAGGCUCAAGCCUGUUUUGAAGAAAUGCUGGGCAGUGUCGUCUGGGUCACUCAUUGUGGAGAUCAAAAACGCGUCUUUCAGUUUGAUCUAUUCUUUCACAAUGCCUUGUCACACGUGUUGCAGCCCAAGCAGUCCGCUGCGGCGGCCUAAGCAAGAUAAGGACGCAACUCGCUCAUCAGUUGCUUGUAUACUUCCUUAUGAUAAUGAUGCCAAGGCUCCCUCCCUCCCUCCUGUGCCCCUCCAUGUACAAUUCCGAGGCUGCACAAAACCAACACGAUCAUUUGUUUGCUAAUAUACCCACAUACAUACAUGAGAUACAUAAACACUACUUAUUCUACUACAUAUUUCAUGCUAAUCACCUCAGUAGGGCUGCGUUCUAC